AUGAACGUUUCCGCCUCUGGCCCCACGAUAAAGAAUGAAGUUCUCACUCAAGAGUCCCAAAUCAAGUCUUUCAGGUGUAGUCACUGUACACUCCUCUUCAAAUCUAAGGUCUACCUUUUUGAACACCUCCACCAGGUGCAUGGCUUUGAAGUAGCUUCUGCACUCCGAGAUGCUGGUUUAAAAUGCCCUGGGUCUAACAAAGCCAACACUGAAAACCAUUGCAACAGUUCAGGACAUCCUUUUGAAUGCCAGCACUGUGAUUUUACAGCUUGUAGCCUGGACGUUUUAAACGAACAUGAGAAACAAUGUAACAAAAAUGUUGAAGAUCGGAACGUAAUAGGAAAUCAAAUUAUUUCUGAAAGCCCAGAGACCAACAUAAAUGUCAUUUCAACAAACCAGCACAGUGAAAUUGCAGGAGCAAAAGAGAUUUCCUCAAUUUUUUCAGUUAUGUCUACCUCAAAAUCUAAAUACACACUUAACUCCUCAAAAGAUCUGAAGACAUACAAGAGGCCCUUGCAAACCAUAACAAAGUACUUUGCAGCAGCAUCUGGAUCAAACGGGAAGUUAGCUGAUGACACAACGCUUCUAGACAGCACCAAAGGAACCAUACUUUUGCAAGAAUCUCCCUCAAGCCCUGGCCCAAACAGUAGCGGUGUCUUUAAAGUCACUGCCAAACACAACAUGAUUGAUACUGGUGUUUCUCAUCGUUUUUUGCUAAAUGAUCACUUGUUCAAUUCUGACAUGAGACCACCAAAGCCCAAGGAACAAUCCAUUGAAACAGUUGCUGACAAUGUUGGCAAAAGGACCAACAAAGAAAGUUCAAAAUAUCCUCCUGCUAAAAAAGCAAAGUCAGACAAAAAAGAGACAAAGCUCCCAGAGGACGCAAACACAAGAAAACCACAAUCAUCAAGCAACGCAGAGUUUUCAUUUGAAGUUAGCGAAGAUGAAGGCGUCAAUGCCAAUGGAAAUGGAAACUCGGAAAGCUCAAAGGUUUAUUUUUGUAAGCACUGUGACUACAGUGAUAUGGAAAUCCCAUGCAUGUCUACUCAUUAUCAGAACAACCACCCUUAUGUAAGAUAUAACGCUGCUUACAUUCAGGAUCCAAGUGAUGAGAGUGCUACCUUUCGUUGCCUGCAGUGUCCAGUUGAAUUUGUAAGUGUAGCUUUCCUCAAGAGACACUACGCUGAAAAUCAUCCAGAGGCCCCAAAUGUAUUCACGAUACUAUCACGUGAACUUAGUUUGGUUUUCAAAUGUUUUGUUUGUCCGUUUACUACCAAUGUAUUGAAGGCUUUGAAAGAACAUUACAAGGAAAAUCAUCCAACACAUAAAGUGGAUAAUUCCUUGAUGUACUGCAGAUAUUCUGUGAUUGGAUGCCAAAAGGGAUCAUCUCAGUCGAAUACGAAUGAAAAACCACCCAGUCCAGCAAAACAAGGAGGUAUUUCUCCUGAGAGUGCCUUCACACCAUGUAAGGAAGUCCAGAAUGCACCCUCGCCCCAACAUCCCACCUCCCCGGCAGCAAACGUGGCCUUGUAUCAGUGCAAUAACUGCAAGUUUAGUCAUAAGUCAGUUGUUGUCAUGCAUGUCCACUACCAAAAAAAUCACCCAGGUGAAGAAGUCACAAUAGACAAAAUCAAACAGUCAGCUUGUGUCACAUCGCAUAGAACCUCACAGGUUAUUCCAGUCAAGUCUCCAAACUCUGUGAAAAUAACAGAAACAUCUGCACCUCAAAGGAACAUCUCCGAUUUUUUUAAGAAAACAAAAGAAAAAGGUGAGCUGUCACAGUGGAAGCAAGCAACAGAAGCUUCUAAGACUCAUUCAGAGUCUCCUAAAACUAAGAAAGUGGAAUCUGCAGGGGACCGAAGUAAAAGGAAGAAGUUGCCUACCAAAUGCAAUAGGGAAGUGUCUAUUAGAAAUGACAGUUUAUCCUGCAGUUCACCAGAUACAUUGUUUUACUGUCAGUUUUGCAGUUAUUCAAGUACCAAAAUCAAAAGCGUGAUUGGUCAUCAUAAUGCAAAACAUGCUAUGCACGCACUAACCGGUACUAAAGAGAUCUUAAUGUAUAGUGCGGAGGUGCAGAAAAAGAAACUUCAAAGUGAAGCUGAGGCCUCAGCAAGUCCCACGUCUUCUGAUUCUAAAACUAAUAAACAUGCUGAUCUAUAUAGUGAAAAAGAACUUCAACGUGAAGAGGAUAAGGCAGCAAAUGCUUUGGUGACGAAGUGUAAUGCUUAUGCAUGUGCAGAAAACUUGUUUUACUGUCAAAAGUGCAACUACGGAAAUCCAGCUGUAAUUGGAGUAGUGAGCCAUCAAAACCAAGUUCACAGAGACCUUCCUUACAGCAGGGAAUGUAUUAUUGAACAUACAGCUUUGAUUCGUGAUGAAAUUGAAAGAUCUAAAACUCAACCAAAGGAGUUGUCCUUUUCUACGCGUCUACCUCUUCCUUUUAUGAAUGAGGGCGAUGAAGAUAUGCUUUUCUGCCACUUUUGCAACUAUAGACAGAGGACUAUGGACUACAUAUUGCGGCAUUACAGCAAAAAACAUCGUGGAUUUGUUGUUAAUGGCGAACACAUCUCUUUGUAUACCUCUAUGGUUCAUGAGAAGACACAGAAAUUGCACCUACAUACAACUGGAAAAAAACAAAAUGUCAACCAUGCAUCCCUAGGGGGAAAAGGAAAUGAAAAAACAAAUAAGCUUGGCAAAUCCUUCUUUGCGUCAGCAUCACCCUCAAUGACAGCCUCACAAGCACAGAGGAUCCUUCAGUGCUAUAGAUGCCCAUACAGAACUCCAUAUGUAAAUGUUUUGAAGAGGCAUCUAUGGAAAAUCCACAAGACAAAUAGAUCAGUCACAGAGGUUUUAAGAAUGUGUUUCAAACAAGGAACUUUAAAGGCAGGGUAUCACUGUGACACGUGUGUUUUUUCUCACAAACAAGCAGCCGCAGUCUAUGAACACUACCAGGCACAACACCCAGGACGUAGACCAAGCCUUGAGUACGUGACUGCUCGGUUGUACGCCGGCGCCGAUACAGGUCCUCCUGGAAAGAAGAAACCUCAAAUCAAGCACACCGUUGGUAUCCGUGAUAGCGAUGGCACUGAUGGCAGCUUGCCCACUCAAAGAACUGGACAAAAUGAAACCAAGACCUAUUCGUGCAGAGCAUGUUCAUUUAAAGGUAGCUCAAUGUCAGCCAUCACACGCCACUACCAUGUUGUUCAUCCGUGGUCUGUGAAAGAAGACGGCUCUGUCCUGAAUGUCAUCAAGAGGAAGAGACCAAGUGCAAACAGGCAGGUGGAAGACCACAAUGAUAUGCCAGGGUCAUUUGAAUCCUACCAAGAGCCCCUGGAAUUUGACAUGUCACCUGGUUCUCCUAAAGCAACCGCGUCCUCCACAAUGCUCUGGUGCCCUUUCUGUCCUGCAAGGUUUCACAACCAGCACGGUCUCAACGUCCACUGUGGAAUUAAACACCAUGAAGCCAUAACUGAAAAUUCACAUAAACAGCAAGAGCAGGUCCAAACGCGCCUGCAUGUCUUUAAGUGUCCACAUUGUACCUACAUCAAUACCCGUUAUCAAGGAGUUCUCACUCACUGCCAGAUGAAGCAUCCUGCCCUCGCAUCCAGGGUGGACAGUCAUCCCAUGGAUGAAGCCCAUUUAGACAACGCGGGUGACUGUUUGAAAACAAAUAGUCCUGGUGGCAGUUUGAGACAUGGUGGCUACAUGUGUGAAACCUGCCCAAAAAUCUGUGCAACGCAGGAGAAGCUGAAAAAGCACUGCAAGAAGGACCAUACUGAGACUGUGGCAAAAACUGUGCCAAACACACUGAAACCAGCGCCUAAACCAUCGGCUGUGAGUACAAUGAAACAACAUAAGACCCUAAGCAAAAGGGGAUCCGUAUCGCAGGCUUCCUUUUUAAGUAAGAAAACCUAUGCAGCAGUUGCGUGCCAGCACUGCUCUUAUAAGUGCACCACAAAAAUUGCGCUUGGUCGACACUUGCAGGUUCACCACAAGACUGCAUCCGUUUCAAUGGUUAAGGAUAGUGUAUACAAAUGUGUCCUGUGUUGUAAUUCCUAUUUUAAGAAAAAACGACUUGGAAGCCAUUAUAUUAAGACACAUGGAAAGGACAGCUUCUUAAAAUACUAUGCACCAGUAUACAAGCAGGCCCAUGAGAAGCAAGGCAUGGUAUGUAAAUCUAGCAUGACGACAGUGGAAAACGACACAUUACUAGUCUACAGGUGUCCAAGUUGUCCCUAUAUCAAUGCAAGCUACCAUGGCAUACUCACUCACUGCCAAAUGAGGCAUCCAGACGUCAUAGCCAGGGCAGAUCAUCUUCAAACAGAGGAAAUAAUUGUAACCAACAUGGUUAAGUGUUCAAUUGGAAAAUCUUCUAAUGCACGAGGCUACAUGUGUAAAAUAUGUCCACUAAUUUAUGCAUCAUUGAAGAAACUGAAAAUCCACUGUGACAGGGACCAUGAUCGGGCUCAGGCAGCCGCUUCGGAACAUUCAGCUGACAUUGAAACUGAGAAGCAACCUGAUCACAGCUGUCAGGGCUCAGCAUUGGAGGCUUCAAAAAGCAAAACCUCAGCAGUGAGCGCCACAAAAAUCGGAGUCGGAAACCAGUUGGGCACUCCAGACCCACUUUCAGUACAGAACAAGCAAACGCUGUACAAGUGCCACAUUUGUACCUAUAAGGGAUUCUUCCGCAGAUAUCUGCAAAGUCACUACAAAAAGUCUCACAAAUUGGACCCACUUGCCAUUUACAAGCUGCUAGAGAAGUACAACAAACGCAGACCCAGCAAACCGCCUGAAGUUGAAUCUGAGGAAAGUGCACCCAUCAAAUGCAAGAAGUGUCCAGAGUUGAUGUUUGACUCUUCUCAGCUUCUUGCUGCCCACUACAGUAUUUUUCACAGCUCAGAUAGCAUAUUGGACUUCACUAUGUUAUCACAAGGAUUAAGGAAGGGAAGUACAGGUCUUUACAGGUGUAUCCACUGCAACAAACAAAUGAAUGGAAUCAGAAAGCUGUGGUAUCACCUGGAUUGCCACAGAGAGAGUGAGAAAAAGAGGACAAAGGCUGCAAAGACAACAACAUCACUUGUCAUUACGACCGCACCAGAGGCCAACUUCAUCAAAGACUGUGGGCAAGAUGAACUUCUCACGUUGGAAACUGUGGAGGAACUGGCCCAGUGGAAUGUGACACAAGUAGAGACCUUAACUUUGCCACCAAGUCCUCUGUCGUCCCCUUCGAAACCCACUGAUGUAGAGCAACCACAGCUGGAAUCGAGAGAAGACAAACACCCUUGCAAACGGUGUAGACGGACAUUCAUGUCCCUGAGAGGUUUGCGUUCGCAUGAGCGCAGCCAUGCAGCCGUGGCAGCCAUCAAGAAGCUGAACAGUCUGCCUACCUCAGUAUUAAAGCACAACAUCAACAAAUACGUCCUGUACAAAGCUGGGACAAUAAAGCCUUUCCGAUGUAGCUUCUGUUCCUAUCGGACGACCGUCAUGGGCCUGUGGAGGAGUCAUUUUAUGAAAACACAUCAAGAUGUCAUUUCGGAUCAUGGUGAGACUGACAACCAAGAUGAGGAGAGUGCUCAGAGGGCCGACAAGGAGCUCUUCAGCUCAUCAGAGGAUUUAAACAAUUGGCCUGAACCUGAUGAAGAACUUGAAAUAACUGAAAAAUCGCUGUACUUGGAGCCCCCAGAUGUGCAGCGACAGUUGAACCACUAUAACUUGAUGGCACAGGCUGAUGCCCCGUCUCAAUCUAAUUUGCAAGAAACCAAGUUAACUGACAGGAGAUUUCUUCGAUGUGAGUUAUGCAAUUUCAGUACUGAACACCUGUCUAGUAUGCGACGACACUACCUAAAUCGCCAUGGAAAGAAGAUCCUCAGGUGUAAGGACUGCGACUUUUUCACCGGUUUAAGGAAAACCCUGGAAAUGCACAUGGAGACAGGUCACUCUACAUGCCAGUCAGAACCCACUCAUCAGAAAGACCUCCGCUGCCCUUUCUGCCUCUACCAGACCAAGAACAAGAAUAACAUGAUCGAUCACAUCGUCUUGCAUCGCGAGGAACGUGUUGUGCCAAUAGAGGUGCGUCGCUCGAAGCUGUCGCGUUACCUUCAAGGCAUCGUCUUCCGCUGUCACAAAUGCACUUUCACAAGCGGAAGUGCUGACAACCUGCGUUUGCACAUGACGAGGCAUGAUGACAUCAAACCCUACAAGUGUCGGCUGUGCUACUUCGACUGCACUCGGCUGAGCGACUUGGAGGCACACCUGAGCGAUAAGCAUCAGGUUGUGAGGAAUCAUGAGCUUGUGGGUCAAGUCAGCCUUGAACAGCUACAAGCAAGGGUUGAUAGGAUGCCGGUAGAGGAACCUUCGUCUAACUUGGAGCACCACUACAAUGUCAGUGAGGAUGUAGAAACGGAAGAGUUUGUCACCGACGGUGAUGAAGUUCCACGUGAGACACAAGCUCAGAACCCGGCAGAAAAUAACAUGGGGGAGAAAAUUACGCUACAGAGCAAGGAAGCAUAUCAGAAGAAAAGCCAGGACAGAAGGAAAGAAGAAAGCCCUGCCAAGAGCUCGGUGGUGGACCUACAGUAUGAAAACACAAAACCAAACGCUUCUGUCCAAGAGAAGCAUGAGCCAGAACCACAAGAACAAGAUGUUGUGGUCUUGCCAGCACAACCAGAUAUUGAGGACAGCAGCAUAACGUUCACACAACAAAAGGUGGAGGCAGCAGAGAAGAGCUCACCAACAUUUGGUAAAAUAGCUGAAAAGGUACAGGCCCACAAGCUACAUAAUAAAAAUGUGGAGCAUAAAACGUCCAACAUCGAGGCUAGGGUAGAAGACGAUAUACUUCGUAAUAUCCGACUGCUGGAUGAGGAUGGCAGGAUCAACAACACACUCAAGAAGGCAGAUCAGGAUAGAAUGGUUAAGACAGAGGACAUUGAGACUGAGGUUGUAGAUCAUGUUCAAAAUGAGAUGAUAUUACUGGAUGAAAAGGGCAGCAUCACUUUGGCCCACAACCCAAAAAAUCAAGUUAAUACGGACGUAAUUUCAGCCUUUGCAAAGAAAGAACAUAUACAAGCAAAUAACAGCAGGGCUCAAGAAAGUUUAACAGUUAAAAGGCAUUUGCUAACCCCUCCGCCCACCAGUGAACUACAUAUGAUAGGGCAUAAGGAGAGAUUAGGUGUCUCAUUUACAAACUGCAAAAAAGAACAACCACACAAUCUGAUAAUCAGUAAGGAGGUAAGAGACCCAUAUCAAGAAAUGCCUGUACUUGAGAAUGAAUAUCUCAAAGAAGAAAUGCGGCCUCGUGGUUGUUGCAAGAUGGAAGAUCAGAUUAAUCAUCUAAAGCGAAAUCAGGACAAAGAAGAUGAGAUGAUCACUGAAGACGAUGAAAACAAAUGCCCAAAUCAGAAACAUGAAGGUGACGCGAUGAAGGAAGCUGGGAAUCUACAUGUGCCCAAAGGUGCACUCACAGUCAUGGAUGGAGCUGGUGAAGUCCUGUGCCCAGCAGCUACUGAAGACAAACUGUUUACCUGUGAGUUUUGUGGACGAAACCUCAUGAACGGCUCUGAACUGCAGCGUCACAUCAUGCGACAUGGAAUAUAACGUUUUUCUUUAUGUUAUGGAUGGAUUUUUGGUGUGCGAUGGGAAGCUAGAUUUGACUUUUGAAUAAACCAUCCUCUACUCUCUAA